AUGGUGGUUUGGCAGAGGAAUCGGUUCAAGGCGCUUCUCACGCUGCUGCCAGCCCUCUCUGCUGACUUCCUCUGCGUUCAGGAGAUGGACGAGUAUGAGGGUGUGUAUCGCCAGCCCAUGGCAGCAGCGGGGUGGGAGAGCGUGUAUGUGAAGAGGCCGGGCAAGAAGAGGGAUGGAAGCGGCAUAUUUUACAGGUCCAGCAGGUUUCGCCUGCUUCGCUCGCAGCCAAUCAACUUCAACGACCUGGUCCCCCCUGACCAGCCCGGUCAGCUGGCUCAAGAAGGGACUGCCGUCUCCGACUCGUCUCGAUCCCGUGACCAGCUGAUUUCUGAGCCACCUCAGGACUCGACUCAGGAAGGCACGGCCACUAACGACGAUUUGACCGAGUCUCAUGAGUCCCGUGACCUGUGUGAUCCGCGUGUUCGCUUCAAGCGUGACUGUGUCGCCAUCGUUGCAGCGUUCCAAGAAAGGCUGUUGGAGCAGCGCACCUCGUGGGGUCAGCAGGUGUCAUCAGUGCUCCUAGCCAUGCUCGCAGCGGCCGUGCUCGCCUCCCUCUCUGUGCUUCCCACAGCCUCUCCCGUCUAUGAUUUUGUAUGGACACGUGUCAUGCCCAUGGCCGUGGCUCUGGUGCUGUUAGAGACGGAUGUGACGUCAGCAUUCACACAGUCAGGUCCCGGCCUGCUAGCUUUCCUGCUAGGCGCAGCAGGCACGAUAGCAGGGACACUUGUCGGCUUCUCAUUGGCCGGGCCGUCCUUAGGAGUGGAGGGGUGGAAGGUGGCGGCUUGCUUCUGUGCGACUUACAUUGGGGGGAGCGUGAAUUAUGCAGCCACUGCUAAGGCUCUAGGCAUGGACAUCACAGCAGGGGCAGCAGCGGCUAGCACGGGAGCGAGCUUACUAACAGCAGGCAUGGCGGUGGACAAUCUCCUCAUGGCCGCUUACUUCUCCGUGCUAGCUGCUCUCCCUGACUCUUGGCCCAAGCCGUGGGAGUCCCUCACUCUCUCCAUAGCCGCUGCCGCCUCAGCAUGCGCGCUAGCAGACAAAAUUGCCGUCCAUCUGCCGCCCGUGAUGGCCUCGGCACAGCUGGCGCUCGCCGCCCUGCUGGCCUCCCUCCUGUCCACUGUAGCCGCCAGGCUGACAGGGCGGGGCGAGAAGAGACAGGACGGAGAGGAGAAAGAAGGAGGGGAGAAAGAGGAAGGAGAGGAGGGAGAGGACGGAGGUUCACUGUUCACAGGAGCUGAGACGCUUGGGAACGCCCUAAUGCUGGUCUUCUUUGCAACUAUAGGAGCGUCAGCAAGUGUGUCUGAAGCCAUGUCUGCUGGUGGUGGCCUGCUUGCAUUCGUUGCGACUGUGUUAGUGGUUCACAUUGCAGUCGUUCUUCUAGGGGGACGGCUCCUCAACAUUCCACUCGAUAUCCUAAUGGUAGCAUCCAAUGCCAAUGUGGGGGGUCCUGCCACGGCUGCUGCUAUGGCCAGUGCCCGUAAUUGGCCCCAACUGGUGCGCCCUGCGGUGUUGCUCGGCACAUUUGGCUACACCAUUGGAACGGCCAUUGCCUUUUUGCUCGGAAUCAACGUGCUACAGCCCAUGGCAGCAGCUGCUCUUGCUAAAGUACUGUGA